GUUUCCGCUGCUGCCUGUGAAAGGCUUUAAAGCGCUCCUCGACUUUUCUCUCUCAGUCUCUCUUCCCCGCUCUCGUAGCUUCCAUUUUCUAAGUCAGCGCUUCUCUGUUAAGCUGGAAUUGAUAAGUUAAAAGUGGACUUGGAUUCUGAUUCUGCGUUUCUGGAGGGAAAGAUAGAGAGAGAGUUUUCUAGAGAGAGAUAGAGACAUGAAGGUGGAAAGAAGUGAUGUCGUAAAAAAGAUAAAGAUUGGAGUCUGCGUGAUGGAAAAGAAGGUAUUUUCGGCACCGAUGGAACAGAUACUAGAGAGGUUACAGGCAUUCGGUGAAUUUGAGAUCAUAUACUUUGGGGACAAGGUCAUUCUUGAAGAACCAAUUGAGAGAUGGCCAAUAUGCGAUUGUUUGAUUUCCUUCUAUUCCACUGGCUAUCCCCUUGAAAAGGCGGAGGCAUAUGCUGCUCUAAGGAAGCCUUUUCUGGUAAAUAAAUUGGAGCUGCAAUACCUUCUUCAUGACCGAAGGAAGGUAUACGAGUGUCUUGAAAUGCAUGGAAUCCCUGUUCCAAGAUAUGCCUUCGUAAAUAGAGAAGUACCGUAUCAAGAGCUGGAUUAUUUUGUUGAGGAAGAUGAUUUUGUUGAGGUUCAUGGAAAUCGUUUUUGGAAGCCAUUUGUGGAAAAGCCUAUUGAUGGGGAUGAUCAUAGUAUUAUGAUAUAUUACCCAAGCUCAGCAGGUGGAGGUAUGAAGGAAUUAUUUAGGAAGGUUGGUAAUCGUUCCAGUGAGUUUCAUCCAGAGGUCAGAAAAGUGAGGCGUGAAGGCUCCUAUAUAUAUGAGGAAUUUAAGCCCACUGGAGGAACAGAUGUCAAGGUGUAUACCGUUGGCCCUGAAUACGCACAUGCUGAGGCAAGGAAGUCUCCUGUUGUUGACGGUGUUGUUAUGAGAAAUCCAGAUGGCAAGGAAGUGAGGUAUCCUGUGUUACUGACACCAACUGAGAAGCAAAUGGCAAGAGGUGUUUACAACGCAUUUAGGCAAGCGGUUUGCGGGUUUGAUCUCUUGCGUUCUGAUGGGCAUUCAUAUGUUUGUGAUGUGAAUGGGUGGAGCUUUGUGAAAAACUCUCACAAGUAUUAUGAUGAUGCUGCUUGUGUGUUAAGGAAGAUGUUUUUAGAUGAAAAAGCUCCUCAUCUUUCUUCAGUGAUUCCACCAACUUUACCUUGGAAACUCAAUGAAUCAGUCCAGCCUUCUGAGGGAUUAACUCGUCAGGGAAGCGGGAUUAUUGGCACAUUUGGGCAGUCUGAGGAACUACGUUGUGUAAUUGCCAUUAUUCGUCAUGGUGAUAGGACUCCUAAACAGAAGGUGAAGUUGAAGGUUACUGAGGAAAAGCUGUUAAACUUGAUGUUAAAAUACAAUGGGGGACGACCAAGAUCUGAGACAAAACUUAAAAGCGCCAUUCAGUUGCAAGAUUUGUUGGAUGCUACACGAAUGCUUGUACCUCGUACUAGACAAGGUCGAGAGAGUGACAGUGAAACAGAAGACUUGGAGCAUGCAGAAAAGCUUCGCCAAGUCAAAGCAGUGCUUGAGGAGGGUGGACAUUUUUCUGGUAUUUAUAGGAAGGUUCAAUUAAAGCCAUUGAAGUGGGUUAAAGUUGCAAGAAGCAAUGGUGAAGGGGAAGAAGAACGACCGGUGGAAGCUCUCAUGGUUCUUAAAUAUGGGGGUGUUCUUACACAUGCUGGCAGAAAGCAGGCUGAAGAAUUGGGAAGAUAUUUCCGAUAUAACAUGUAUCCAGGUGAAGGCACUGGCCUACUUCGCCUCCAUAGUACAUUUCGUCAUGAUCUUAAAAUUUACAGUUCUGAUGAAGGUCGUGUGCAGAUGUCUGCAGCUGCAUUUGCCAAAGGCCUUCUUGACUUAGAAGGGCAGCUAACCCCAAUCCUGGUUUCACUUGUUAGCAAGGACUCUUCUAUGCUGGAUGGACUUGAAAAUGCCAGCACUGAGAUGGAAGAGGCCAAGGCUAGGUUGAACAAGAUAAUAACUUCUUGUGCAAAGACAGUCCAAAAUGAUGACUCAUCUGAAUGCCCUUGGAUGGUGGAUGGCACUGGACUUCCUUCUAAUGCAUCUGAACUUCUUCCCAAAUUGAUGCAAUUGACUAAGAAGGUCACUGAACAAGUAAGGCUACUUGCCAAGGAUGAAGACGAGGAACUUACUGAUGUGAUCCCACCUUAUGACCAAGCAAAGGCACUUGGUAAAACAAACAUUGAUGUCGAUCGCAUUGCUGCUGGGUUACCCUGUGGUAGUGAGGGAUUUCUUUUGAUGUAUGCUCGCUGGAAAAAGCUUGAAAGAGACUUGUAUAACGAACGCAGAUUGCUGUUUGAUGUAACACAAAUUCCUGAUGUUUAUGACUCUUGCAAAUAUGAUCUCUUGCACAAUGCACAUCUUAAGCUAGAAGGGUUGGAUGAACUCUUCAAAGUUGCUCAGAUACUUGCAGAUGGUGUCAUCCCAAAUGAGUAUGGAAUUAAUCCAAAUCAGAAACUGAAGAUUGGCUCAAAGAUUGCUCGCCGUUUGUUGGGUAAAAUUUUGAUUGAUUUGAGGAAUACUCGUGAAGAAGCCAUCAGUGUUACUGACUUAAAGAGUAAUCAAGACCGACUUUCUUCAUCCAAGAAAGCUGAAAAGGAAGACACAGAAUAUAAAUCAAAGCUUUAUAUCAAGAAUGAUGACAUGAGAAGAAAUAGCACCGCAAGUGAUGUAUCAAUGGAUCAGGAUGAUGAUGAUGAUAAAGAGACCCAAUAUCGUUUGGAUGCACAGUAUGCAGCAAAUGUCAAUACACCUGAACGCCAUGUACGGACACGCCUUUACUUCACAUCAGAAUCUCAUAUUCAUUCCCUCGUGAAUGUUCUCCGUUACUGUGAUCUGGAUGAAUCUUUGCAAGGAGAGGAUAGCCUUCUCUGCCAUAAUACUUUGGAGCGCUUAUAUAAAACCAAGGAGCUUGACUACAUGAGCUACAUUGUGCUGAGGAUGUUUGAGAACACAGAGGUGGCUUUAGAAGACCCCAAAAGAUUCCGCAUAGAGAUGACGUUUAGCCGUGGAGCUGAUCUAUCCCCCUUGGAGAAUAAUGACAGUGAGGCUGCUUCCCUGCACCAGGAGCACAUACUGCCGAUAAUGGGUCCAGAAAGGCUGCAAGAAGUGGGAUCAUAUCUCACACUAGAGAAAAUGGAAAAGAUGAUUCGCCCCUUUGCCAUGCCUGCAGAAGAUUUCCCUCCACCAUCAAUCCCCGUAGGAUUCUCUGGCUAUUUCGCAAAAAGUGCAUUGCUUGAGCGUCUGCUGGCUAACAAGAUUCCAGGGCUCUUCGAAGUCGAAGGAUCAAAUUAACGCCAAUGUUAAUAACUAUAAAAGAGCAAACUGGCCUAUCGAAUGAUGAUUCACGUCCAUUAUUCACGAUGUGGGCUGCCGUAGUGAUGCCUCAGGGACUCCUCUAAAUAUGGUUUGAAAUGAACGACGAAAUCGAUGCCAAGAAAGUAAACUGCGCAAAGUGAUUCCCAAAAAUGAAACUAAAGUGGAUAAUGGCAGUUGCCUGCUGAAGUGCUUGCUUGCAUAUGCAUCACCCUCGGUAAAUGACAUGUUGGGAAGACAAUUUUCGGUACCAGAUAUUUCGACAGCUAGACUUCAGAAGGUGCCGUAUGAAUAUUUCCUAGCUUCUAAUUUGGGUAUGCUGCUGUAUUGUGUGGAGUGUGUUCUGGUUGAAGGCUGUGGAGGGAAGUGUGUAGCAGAUAGCAAAGGAUGAAGAAUCGUGGGCAACUGAGAUAACGGUCGUUCCAAACGGGGCAUUUUAAUACUUGAUGAAAUGGUGCAUUUCAAGACAAUAAUAUGAGGAAUUGAAGACUAAUCGAUACGGUGCAUUGCGGACGAGUUGGGCAACGUUGUUUUCCUAUUUUGCUUGUAAUAGAGAAAUCAAUUAGUUAGUUAGUUACGUCUGUUGGUUAGUUAGUUGGUUAGUUACAGAAGCUUGUAGUAUAAAAAGGAAGUCUCUUGUAUUCACACGGAUAUCGGGAUGAUUUGCUUAAACUGGUUUGUUUAGGAGCUUAGAGAUUGCUCGAAAAUCUUUUCUAGGAAUUGAAGUAG